AUUGGGAUACAGGGUGAGAUUCGUAUCUGUUCCUCAGCCUGCUAAUUAACACCGCCAGAGAGCAGCUCUCGCGGACCACGGGACAUUCAUUUUUAGACUUAUUCAAUAAAGCACACAUCACAAACGCUUUUUUCUCAAAAUGGAAGAGACGUAUCUGCUUAACCAUCCCGGAGUGAAGAAGAAGAUUCUGCACGGAGGUCAAGGACCGUUGCCGCAUUUUCCAAAGGGGACUAAGCUGGUGUUCCACUUCCAGACUCUUUUGGAUAACUUUGAAAGAACAGUCAUAGACGACAGUCGCAAAAACAAGCGUCCCACAGAAAUUUUUGUGGGGAAGAUGUUCAAGAUGGAGGUGUGGGAGGUGCUCCUAACAUCCAUGAGGAUCGGAGAAGUGGCUGAGUUCUGGUGUGAUGCCGUACACACAGGCCUUUAUCCAAUGGUCUCAAAGGGGAUGCGAUUGAUUGCUCAGGGGAAGGACCCUUUGGAGGGCCAGAAACACAUGUGUGGCAUGGGCAACAUGUUUCACUACCACUCCACAGGCUUUCCAGAGCUGGAUGAGAUAAUGAGGACACCACAGCCUUUAAUCUUCAUUAUGGAGCUCAUCCAGGUAGGCGACCCGUUUUCCUACCAGCGUGAAUCGUGGAUGAUGGAGAAAGAUGAGAAGUUGAAGGCUGUGCCUUCGCUUCAUUACCUGGGCAACGCAUUGGUCAAACAAGGCCGGUUUCGGGAAGCUGCCGAGAAGUACCAGGAAGCUGUGGUUUUGCUCCGUACGGUCCAAUCCAGGGAGAUGCCAGGAGAUGAAGACUAUGUUAAUCUGGGCAAGCUCAUCAUUCCUCUAGUGCUGAACUAUUGUCAGUGUAUGUUAGAGUUAGAGGAAUAUUACGAGGUCAUUCAACACACAACCGAGCUCCUGGACAAACACAAAGACUGCGUCAAAGCCUACUACAAGCGAGCAAAGGCCUAUGCAGCCGUGUGGAGUGAGCGGGAGGCCAGAAAAGACUACCUGAUGGUGGCCAACCUGGAUGUAACGCUGUCCAAGCUGGUGCACAGAGAACUGACUCUUCUCUCCGAAAGAAUGAAAGAAAAAUACUGGGAGGAUAAAGAAAGGUACUGGAACAUUCUUGAAGAAAAAGAAGAGGAACAAGAGGAGGGAGGGGAAAGCUUGGAUAGCAUCGCAAUGCAUUUAAAAGAGGAAAGCCGAGGAGAACGCUCUCAAACCUCUGAAGAGGUCACAGGGGCAGAGGAGGAAAUGAAGAGAUCAGCUGUAGAGAAAAACAAGCGUGACACCAAAAGUGAAGAGUCGGCAGCGGGAGCCAAUAGCAGGAUAACAGCUCUGACCGAUGGGAAGGACUGGCAGCAGAUGCUACGGUUAAUUAUGCUGCUCCAAGAUGAAGGCAAUUUCUAUGUGAAGGAGCAUCGCUACGAGGAGGCGAGUGCCAAGUUCAAGGAGGCUCUGGAGUAUACAGACCAUCUCCAAUCUAAGGUGGAACAUAAAGGGGAAGACUGGGAAUCUCUGGAGAAAGUUCGUCUGCCACUCUGUCUAAACCUCAGUCAGUGUAAGCUGGAGCUUGGGGAAUACUGUGAAGUGGUGCAACUCAACAGUAAACUGCUGAAGACACAUAAAGAUAAUUUGAAGGCAGUGUACCAGCGGGCCCGGGCUCACUCGGCAUUAUUCAACGAGGAUGAAGCCCGUCGAGAUUUCGCUAUGGUUCUGCGUCUGGAUCCCAAGUUUAAGCCUAUCGUUAAGCAGGAGAUUAAGAAGAUGAGCGAUAACCUCAAAGCAAAGUAUAUUAGCGAGAACAAAAACUACUGGACCAGCACCCAUGAGAAGUGGGAGAAGAAGCUGCAGACCAAUAGGAGAAAGAAGGAGAGGAAAGAAGCGAAACAUGAGGGUGAGAAUAAAAUGUCAUCACUUCAAAACAAAACCGAAGGACAACAGACAUCAAAUGGUAGUGGCAGUACAGAGAAGAGCGCCGGUGUUGAGGCCGGUAAUAAGAAUGAAGGAGAGGAUGAGAACAAAAACAGUAUGAACAAAGAACAGAGCUCUCGGACCCUGAAUAAAGAAAAUGAAAAAACUGAUAAUAAUGCAGUAGAUAAAGACGAUUCGGUCCGAAACAAUGUGACAGAUCCAGAAGAUAGGCAAGGAUCCGAAACAGAUAGCAGGGAGGAAGCUCCACUGAUCAAUGACAUUACAAAGAAAAAAGAUGACCAAGAUGAGACCACCAAUAAAGAGGAAGGAAAGCCAGGCAAAAGGGAAAGCACUCAAGCAUCAGGGGAAGAAAGACUGGAGGAGCACAGAGACACGAGUGGUGAUGAUUUAACAGAGAGAAGAAAGACAUAUACAGAAUUGAAGAUGGAGGAGGUUAGUGUUGAGGCAUCAUCCACAAAGCCUGAAAAAUCCAUUCGUAGUGUCAAACGCAAACAAAAGAAGAAAAAUAAGUCGGUAGUGAAAAAAUAAAAAUUGUUAUUUCAAAUCUAUGCCUUCCUACCUUUAAAUCUUCUCAUGUGAAGGAUGUAUCUCAAGUUUAAAAAAAAAGACAAACCAGACAAAGUGUAUAACAAAUAAAAAUUUAUUUUUUUGUACACAAUAAGUAGAAAGCAGCCAGUUAAUUCAUUUUUAAAAUGCCUUCAUUUCCCAUACAGUUUAUACAGAUUAUAAACAUAAAACAAAAAAGGACAUGAACAUUGUUAAAAAAAUAAACAUAAACAGCAUUACACACUGGUAACUAAAACACACACAUAUAUCGCAGGGAGAAGUAAAACAAUAUGGAAUGUUUGUAUUCAGGUCACUUGAUCUAACACGUGUUAUAAUGAGUAAUGAUGAUGUCACAAGGUCAGAGGUUAAAUCAGUAAAUGCCCUGUUGUGAGACCCUGGGGUCAUGACAUAAAAGUGUGCUACAGUACAUACAAACAAAAAUAAUGAGUGUGUUAAUGAGGCAGAUGGCUAAAUAAAGCUCAGGCAGCCCUUAGCAAUGCUCUAUAACCCACAAAACAUUUUCUUUAGUAAUUUUACACAGCCCACAAACACACAGAACAUCCUAUGGUUAAAGAGUAACAUGAUAUGAUAAGGGUUAAACAAUGUAUGUGUCAUGUAUAGAGAAAACUUUCAGUAUAAUGUAACAAAUAAUGCUACAUGAUUUGCUACCAUGUAUGAGCUCUGCACUGUACACUGCAAAAAAUAACUUUCUAACUUAGUAUUUUUGUCUCGUUUUCAGUAGAAAUAUCUAAAAAUUCUUAAAUCAAGAUGUAUUUCCUUGAUGAGCAAAAUGACCUACGAAAUUAAGUCUAACAAGCAAAAAUAUCUGCCAUUGGGGUGAGAACAUUUUACUUGAAUUAAGUGUUUAAAGGGACACUCCACUUUUUUUGAAAAUAUGCUCAUUUUCCAGCUCCAAUAGAGUUAAACAUUUGAUUCUUACCAUUUUGAAAUCCAUUCAUCUGAUCUCCGGGUCUGGCGUUAGCACUUUUAGCAUAGCUUAGCAUAAUCCAUUGAAUCUGAUCAGUCCAUUAGCAUCGCGCUAAAAAAAUAACCAAAGAGUUUCAAUAUUUUUCCUAUUUAAAACUUGACUCUUCUGUAGUUACAUCGUGUACUAAGAC